AUGUCAAUGGAAAUAGAUGAAUUAGCAGAAACUAUAAUGGAUUGUGUAAUGAAUAGUCAUAUUAUUUCGGAAGAAGGACGAAGCUACAUUGAGUAGCAUAUUCCUACAAAACCACCUGAAACUGAUGUUUAAUCAGCAAGAUUUGAUUUAUAUGAAAAAACAGGAAAAGAGAGAAUUUAAAAAGUUGCCUUAGUCUUUAAAACUCAUUAAGAGGCUAGAAGGUAAUAUGAAUAUUGAAAUUAUUAUAGAUGGUAUUCAUAAUUCAAAUAACAUGCAACUACUCAUUAGAAAGUUCAUAAGAAGGCAGCACUUUUAGAUAAUGUUCUAUUUAAGUAUGGAGAUUAUGGAAAAUCAUUAUUCUAAUAUGCAGAAUAUAUAUGUGAAUUUAUAGAUCAAUAACCAUUAUGUGUUUUUUAGCAUAUGAUUCCAGAUCAUGUAUUAUUUUAAUAAUAAAUUUUAGGAUCUAAGAUUAUCUGAAACUCAUCCUUAUUAUUUUAAAAUUCAUUGGGCUUUUAGAGGAUUUAUGACACCUCAAACUUCAAGUAUGGUAAAAGCAGAAAGAAACCCAUCACUAAUGAAUAAAUUAAAAGAUGAAGAGAUUCCGAGAAAGGUAGUACCAAUAGAUACAUAUAUGCGUUCUUUAAUGGAUAAAAAUAACAGCAGUGAUGAUGAUGAUGAUUAAUGA